GGUUUAAAAUGUCGAGUUUAAAUCAUAUCAAUCCGGACUCUUCCAGUUUGUUUGAUUUAUAAGUUAAUAUUAAGAAAGUGAUAAUUAACCUUAUUCUGUGGAAGAGAUAAGAAAGAGAAGAUAAAGAACUGAAAACCUGAAAUUAAACAGUGAUAAUUACCAGGAAUCAACCGAAGCAUCUUUCCCCGAGCUCCGUGAAAACAGAAAAAAUGUAGAAAAUCUCCCGGAUUUAAAACCAUGUGAGUUCUAGGGCUGCGUGAUCGGUUCCCGGAUUAAAAAUGCCGUUGCCGGAGCGAGUAAUUGUACCGGUUGCUGUAUGCCGGGGCACUCUUCAGCUCCCUGUACCAGACGAGCUUGAAGGUGUGACUAACGGUAGCCUGGCAAAUAUAACGCGACAGUUGAGCACCUUGUCGCGCCAUGCCGAGGAGAUGUUCGGCAACUUGUUCACCGAGGCGGAGAUGUUGGCGGUGAGGGGGUCCAACCUUCAGGCCAGGAUAGAUAAGAUUGCAGUGAAGGUUACACAGUUAGACUCUAAUGUCGAGGAAGUUACUCUUCAAGAAAUACAAUUAAGAAAAGCUUUUCGUUCAAUUCAAUCCUUUGAUCAGCAGGUUGUAUCACGUGAUAGUAUGCCUAAAUCUAUGCUUGAACAGUAUCUGAGCUGUGAUAAACCACCUCCACUGGAUAAACUCAACCCUCCCUUUAGUUUAGUUAGCAUCCACUUCUCUUCACAUGUUAAUAUGUUCGUGAAAAAUAAAUUGCGCAUUUCUAGGACUGAAGGUACGCGUCACAAGAAGAGAGUGCGUCAGCCUCAUAACACAACAGAGCGUCAGCGUCAGAAGGUUAUGCAGGAGGGUGAGCAUAUCAUGGAGGAUGGAGGUCGUAUUUAUGGAGAACCUCGAGCUCUAUCUGUUAGUUUUAACCUCCCUGAUUCAAAUGGUUAUGGUCCUGUUCCUGGAGGAUAUCAUCCUUCCGAGGUAGAUAGAUCACCCAGACCCAUGACAAUAGAUAUCCAAGGACAACAAGGAUACUACGGGGGGUAUGACAGGGGUAACCAGGGGGGUCCUCAGCUGCCGCCAACACAACGGGUUGUUAGAUUCGAGGAUACUAGUCGACAAUAUACUCAGGAACCUAUAUAUACUCCUCGUAUACUCCGGGAUCCAGAGCAUAGAUCUGUACAGUUUGAUCUUCCACACCAGCAGCAGUAUACACAAGAACCACCCGCAAUAGACUCACAAUCAGACUCAUCAAGAUCAGAAACUCCUCAACGGCGGCCAGUCAACCCGCCACCUGCUCCGCCCCCUACGUCAACUCCAACACGCGGUGGGCGGGCAGGAAGCGCCGGGCGUGACUCUUUGCCCCCUCCUCCUCCACCCCCUGCCAACGAAAUCGCAGGAAUGACGCUUAACGGUUCUCAAGUGUCUGGUUCUCCGGUGCACCAGGAUCCAGAUCUUCCGCCUCCUCCGCCUGUCCCAGAUACUCUCUCCGCCAGAAUACCCGCCCCUCAUCUAGCCCCAUCUCCACCUCCUCCCCCUGCUCCAGGCACUGAGCCUAGUCCUAGCCACGCCCCUCCGCCUCCUCCUCCACCUCCACCCCCGCCGCCAGCAGAUUUGGGGAUCAUACCUAACGGCGAUGUUAAAAAGAUCGCUCAGAACCCUGGUAUGCAGAGUGUGUUUGAAAGUAUUGUCUCUGGAAGACCUCAAUUGAAGAAAGCGACCCCUAUACUCAAGGAUCCCGAGGAUGACGUCAGAUCAGAUCUACUUAAAGCAAUUAGAGACGGAAUAUCUUUAAAGAAAGUUGAACAGAAAGCAGACCAAUCUCAGUCAGCAGGAUUGAGUGAUGUCGCGAGCAUACUCGCUCGACGAGUAGCACUGGAAGUAUCAGAUAGUGAUGAGGGACCUUCAGAUUCAGAAUAUGAUAGCGAUGAUUGGGGUGAGACGGAUGCCUGACAAGAUAAAGAAAUAAGUAAUAAAUCCAAACCUCAGGAAUAUUUCUUCAAAUCUCAAGAAUCCUUGGCAACUGUUCUGGACUUUGAGGAUGAUGAAUCAACUGCUGAGGACCUUGAGAUGAACGAUACAAAACCAGUUCAAGGGGAGAGAGCUGAUUGUGUACAGUUAGCUCAGGAAAAUGGCGGAUUACCAAAGGAAGAUCACAAAAAGCGGCAUGGUCUGGUCGAAAACCCGGGAAAACUUACGAUCAGCUGUAUAAGAUCGCCUGGAGCUUCUAGUGCACACAGCUCGCCUUGUAAUCCACAGAGGAAAAACUUCCAAACCCUGACUCCCUAAGAGAAUAUUUUAAGAAAUGGAUUUCCCGCAUUUUCAGUAUUUUAUUUCACAUCUACCUUUCCCCACAUUGAGAAAAUUAAGAAUUUUAAUUGUCUAGGACCUAUUGUUGAUUUUAAUCUUUCUGAAUUUUUAUUUACGCGCCAUUGACAAGCUAUCAUAUCAGCCCCCUCCCACUCUCUCAAGUUAUCAAAAACAAAAUACCCCAUUUUCUCAG